CCGUUUCAUCACAGUCACAGAUUCUUGGACUUUUCUGUGCUAUAAUAGAAACAUAAGACUAGUCAUAGCCAAAUAUCUAAAGGCAAAAGAAGCCAAAGAGGAGAGGAGAAGUGAGGAUUUGGGUGAUCAGCUAUGCAUAGCUCUGGUCGCAGGAAUCACAUGACCAACUCCCAUUUGUAAGAACUGGGCAGCCUCUCUAUAUAAUUUCUACUAAAGGAACAAGUAUCAUAUGCAAAAACUCAUUCUUCUUGACAGAGAGUGAUAUCCAUGGAUUCUAGAAACUUGUUGCGCUUUCUGGUUCUUUCAAUCAGUGUAGCACUAGUUUUGCUUGUAACAACUCGGCUUCUCCUUCCAUCAUUCCCCAACAAGGAGGCUCUAGACUGCAACUCUGGAUGGUGCACCUCAAAGAACAGGAUUCAUUCUUCAUCAGAGUCUAAUCUGAUCAAGAAACCUACAUUAUCCUCCAAAAAGCAAAACCAUGAAUCCGAUGCUCCUCACCACCCUCUAGACCCUCUAACCAUCCAAGAAUUCAACAAGGUUCGCACUAUCCUCUCCACUCACCCUCUCUUUAAGUCCACAUCCAGCUACACUCUCAAUUCCAUUGUCCUUGAAGAACCAGACAAAAAACUUGUCCUGAGAUGGGAAAAAGGUGAUCCCCUCCCACCAAGGAAAGCUUCUGUAGUUGCAAUUGUGCAGGGUGUCACUCACAUGCUCACCGUAGACCUCAGCACAAGCACGGUGACCAGCCAUGAAACAAAGACGGUUUCCGGGUACCCCAUCAUGACUAUGGAGGAGAUGUGGGCGGUACUUGACGUUCCCUUGAAGAGCAAUGAGUUCAACCGCACGAUUACUCAACGCGGUGUCAAUAUGGCAGACCUUGCAUGCCUGCCAAUCUCUUCAGGGUGGUAUGGGACACCAGUGGAAGAAAACACAAGGUUUAUCAAGGUGCAGUGCUAUUCCAGAGAAGGCACUGUGAAUUUCUACAUGAAACCCAUUGAGGGGCUAACUGUGCUGGUUGACAUGGACAGGAAAGAAGUGGUAUCCAUUUCAGAUCAAGGCAAGAACAUUCCUGUGGCCAAAGGCAUUAACACUGACUAUCGCUACUCCAUUCAGAAGCUCAAUGGAGAGUUUAAUCUAGUAAAUCCAAUAUCCUUGGAACAACCAAAAGGUCCAAGCUUCACAGUUGAGGGGAACUUAGUUAAAUGGGCGAACUGGGAAUUUCAUGUGAAACCUGACCCAAGAGCUGGGACCAUCAUUUCUCAAGCUAAGGUGAGAGACCCAGAUACAUCAAAGCUGAGAAAUGUCAUGUACAAAGGGUUCACAUCUGAGCUAUUUGUGCCUUACAUGGAUCCCACUGAUGGGUGGUACUUUAAGACAUACAUGGAUGCGGGUGAGUAUGGAUUUGGGUUGCAGGCAAUGCCUCUAGACCCCUUGAAUGAUUGCCCAAGGAAUGCAUACUACAUGGAUGCUGUGUUUGCCUCUGCUGAUGGAACACCCUAUGUCCAACCCAAUGUGAUUUGCAUUUUUGAGAGAUAUUCUGGUGACAUUGCGUGGCGGCAUACUGAGUGUCCCAUCACUGGCAUGAUGGUUACGGAAGUGAGGCCAAAGGUGUCCCUAGUGGUUCGGAUUGCAGUAGCAGUGGCGAACUAUGACUAUAUCAUGGAUUGGGAGUUUCAAACUGAUGGACUAAUCAGAGCAAAGGUCGGAUUAAGUGGUAUCUUGAUGGUGAAAGGAACAACUUAUGACAAUAUGAACCAAAUUUCUAACCAAGAAUAUCUUUAUGGAACCCUUUUGAGUGAAAACAUCAUUGGUGUAAUCCAUGACCACUUUAUCACUUACUACCUUGAUAUGGACAUUGAUGGCUCUGAGAAUUCAUUUGUCAAUGUAAAUAUCAAGAAGCAAGAGACCUCUCCAGGAGAAUCACCUAGAAAGAGCUACCUAAAAGCUGUGAAAAAUGUUGCAAAGACAGAGAAAGAUGCUCAAAUAAAGUUUAAACUCUAUGAUCCAUCUGAGUUUCAUGUGGUCAACCCAUCCAAGAAGACAAGGGUAGGAAACCCUGUUGGGUUCAAAUUGGUUCCCAGUGCCACAGCAGCUAGUCUGCUAGAUCAUGAUGAUCCACCACAGAAGAGAGCAGCUUUUACAAACAACCAACUAUGGGUCACUCCUUACAACAAGAGUGAGCAAUGGGCUGGUGGCUUAUUUGUUUAUCAGAGUAGAGGCGAUGAUAACCUUCAAGUGUGGUCCAACAGGGAUCGUCCAAUUGAGAAUAAAGACAUUGUGUUGUGGUACACAAUAGGGUUCCAUCACAUACCAUGUCAAGAGGACUAUCCUGUCAUGCCAACUGUGUCGUCAAGUUUCGAACUGAAGCCAGCCAAUUUCUUUGAGAGAAAUCCCAUCCUCAGAAUUGCUCCCAAUUUCAUAGAAGAUUUACCUGUUUGCAAGGCACAUGAUUCAUCUUGAGUUUUCAUCUUAGCUUAAGCAUUGUAUUGCUAUAUGUAUGAAAUGAAAGAUGAUGAAACUCAGCCUUAAAAAAUUAGUAAUGUUAAUGGCCGAACUUUGACUAUGAUGUAGAAGUUGUUGCAUAUGCAUGUCAUGUAUAUACCAAAUAAAAAUGAUAUUGUAGAAUGUGUCCUGUUAAAUUUGAUCAUAAGUAUCUUCAAGACUUCAA